AAAGGCAGCCCUGCCCGGAGUGGGGUGGGAGCACAGUAAGCCUGUCUGCUACUGCUCAAAACAGGGGGUCGCUUUUAACGUGCCAGAUCUAUGAGCCCCAAAACUAGGGGCUGAUGACAUCAUAAAGUAAUAGGUAGAGUGACCCUAAGGGCUCUGCCCCCCACCCUCAAGCGCUCCCCAGGGGUCGAGUACAGAACGCCCGCCGCAGCCGCACGAGGACUACGCUCUGCGCAUGCGCGGGCAUGAGCCCAAGACAGGGCCCAGCGGCCGUGCCCUACUUCCGCCCGGCUCGGGGCAGGGGGCGGGGCUAAGAGCGGGGAUGGCGGUAGCUGACGUACGCGCGCUGGCCGAGCAGCUAGGAUGCGCCGCACGAGUCUACGGGGUGCCGGGGGCCGCUCUGUCGCCCGGCUGUUUGGAAACCGUGAGGCAGCUGAGUGGGCUCUUCCGGGAGACGCUGCCCAGAGAAAUGGCAGAAGAGAGUAUAUUCCAGAAUCUCCUGGCAAUCCUGAUGAAAACCUCACGGGAAAUUGAAUUGGCCUGCAAGGACUCCUGUGAAUCAGUAAAUCUAGACAUGGACCUGCUGCUUAUAGCAGAAUGUUUUAGGUGCUUACGGAAUGCCUGUGUCCACUGUGCCAAGAAUCAACAUAUUAUAAGGAACCUGCAGUUAAUUGAUGUGUCUGUCCAUUUGAUCCAGUUGCUUCAUGAAUUAGAAAAUGAACAGGAAUUAUUAUUAACAGCUUUUCGUUGUAGCCUCCAGUUUCUUGGAAACCUUGCAGCAGGAAAUGAAGAUUCCCAGAAUAGCAUUUGGAAGUGUGCUUUCCCAGAUCUUUUCUUGACCUGCCUAAAUCACCAUGAUGCGAAAAUUAUUGCCUACUGCUGUAUGGUCCUGUUCACUUGCCUUAAUUCAGAGAAAGUGAGAGAACUACUGGAACAAAAGAACUUGAAUGUAGCCCUGGCUGUACUGAAAGUCUACAGGAAGCAGUUGGAGUCUGAAUGGUCGUUCCUGAUUGUUACAGACCAUUUGCUGAAAUGCCCAGAGUUGGGAAAAGCCAUGUAUGCCAAACUGAGCAAUCAAGAAAGGAUUACUUUAUUAGAAUUGAUAAUGGCCAAAAUAAGUGAGAAGAACCAAGUUACCAGUGAAGAAUUGACUGGGAUCUUGAAGCAAGCUGACUUUCUUGCAAACUGUUUCCAAGAAAAAUGUCAAACUGUGCUUAGAUUAACUUCUGCUUCCAAGAAUGAAGAUGAGGAAGCACUGGUUACAAUUCGGCUCCUUGAUGUUCUCUGUGAAAUGACUUCAAACAACAGACAGCUAGAACAUCUGCAAACUUGCCCUGGUUUGCUUGAGACGGCUGUUGAUACUUUGCGGUUAACUCACCUUGCUGGGAAGCAAGCUACAAAUGUCUUCACUGCCACUCAUUCUGUGACAGGGGAGGGAGAAAUUUCCCAUCCGGCUGUUGGUGUUAAAUCUCACCUCAUUCGCUUGAUUGGAAAUUUAUGUUACAAGAAUAAAGAAAACCAAGACAAGGUUUAUCUAUUAGAUGGAAUUCCACUGAUCCUAGACAACUGCAGCAUUGAUGACAACAACCCCUGUAUCCUUUAAAUAAAGUCUAACACAGUAAAUGUUGCAUGUUCUUUUAUAACAUAACAUUUUUGCUUUGUUAUGUAUAUGAGUUGGCAUUAAUCAUUCUCUUAAAGUUGCUUCUUAUAUUCUGUGUCAUUGAAAAGGUUAUUACUUUUAGAUUUGUGUUAAGGCUUCAGCUUCAGUGAUUGAGCUUGAUAUAAUGGUGUGGACAUUCUAACAUGCCUAUUUCUUAGACUGCAACUGCUACUGAUCAGCUAGUGCUUCAAGAAAUCAUUAUAAAUUGCCUUACCAGGAGGCUGCUUUCAUAUUGAUACAUGUCUG